GUCAGUUUGUCUCUCAGGCGGCGUCAAUCACCUCACUUACAUACGCUCACGAUGAAGGCCGCUCUGGUUGCGUUGGCCUGCGCGGCGGCGGCGCAGGCACACUUCACGAUGCAGUACAUUUGGGUCAAUGGGGAGGACCAGGGGCAGAACACCGCGCUGCGCGUUCCGCCGAACAACAAUCCGGUGACGGACGUGACCUCGACGGACUUGACGUGCAAUGUCGGUGGGCUCAGCGGCGCGGGGGUAGAGACUGUCGAAAUUCCCGCGGGAGCGAACAUAACGUUCGAGUGGCAUCAGCACGCGCAGCGUACGGGCGAAGAUGCGAUCUCUGGAGGACACAAGGGCCCGGUGCAGGUCUACGUCGCCAAGGCCACGUCGGACGCAGCCAGCUUCGACGGGCAGGGCGAGGUAUGGACGAAGAUCUACUCGUCCGGACUCCUAGACCCUAGCAGCCAAGAAUGGGCGACGGACGUCGUAAACUCGAACGAGGGCAAGCACUCGGUGGUCAUCCCUUCGUCCCUGCCGGCGGGCGAGUACCUCCUUCGUGCCGAAAUCAUUGCUCUUCAUGUCGCACAAUCGUACCCUGGUGCUCAGUUCUACAUUGGCUGUGCGCAGGUCAAGAUCACCAGCGGUGGUAGCGCGAGUCCGCCGACGAUCUCCAUUCCGGGCACCUACCAGCCCACUGACCCGGGCAUCACGGUCAACAUCUACAACAACUUGCAGAGCUACACGCCGCCCGGCGGUGCCGUCUGGUCGGGGUGAGGAACUUGGCGAGGUUUGCAACAGACGAUGAAAGGUCGCUUCUUGUAUACGUUUGGUAACUUUGAUGUGCUUCUGGGUCAAUGAAAUUUUCUGCGCACGGAAAUAGGUU